CUUUUGCGAGCAGGCUUUGCUCCCACUUCAUUUCGCUCUCGCUAGCAGUAGCAGCGACCGCGAGCGAUUCCAUUGCGAUCGGGACGCACAGUUGCUCGAAGGACUUCGACAAUGGCGGCGAGGCCUUCUUCUCCGACGCCGUCGUCGUGUAGCUCCUCGUACUCGUCUCAGUUCCCUUCUUCCUCCAGGUUCCCGCCCCUCCCCAUCAUGGCCCUCCGCGAGAAGAUCGUCGAGAAGAUCCUCGAGAAUCGCGUCACCCUCAUCGUCGGCGAAACCGGAUGCGGGAAGAGCUCUCAAGUGCCCCAAUUUCUGCUAGAGAGAAGUAUCUAUCCCGUAGUAUGUACACAACCUCGCAGAUUUGCAGUAGUAGCUGUGGCGAAAAUGGUUGCAAAAUCCCGUAAUUGUGAGUUGGGAGGGGAAGUUGGCUAUCACAUUGGUCAUUUAAAGAAUAUGUCAUCCAGUUCAAAGAUUGCUUUCAAAACUGCGGGAGUUUUGUUAGAGGAGAUUCGUGAGAAGGGUGUGAGUGCGCUUGAUUACAAGGCUAUCAUACUAGAUGAAGUGCAUGAGAGAUCUGUAGAGUCUGAUCUUCUUCUUGUCUGUGUGAAGCAGUUUCUCCUGAAGAACAAGAACCUCAGGGUGGUAUUAAUGUCUGCAACAGCUGAUAUUACAAGAUACAGGGACUACUUUGGAGAUAUUGCUAGGGAUGAAAGAGUAGAGGUGCUUGCCAUUCCUAACUCCGACCGGCAAACUAUUUAUCAAAAACGAGUGUUAUAUCUUGAGCAGGUAACCAAAUUGCUCGGAAUUAGUUCAGAGUCAUCACCAGUGACAUAUUGCAAUGGGGAGAGCCCUUCAACAGCCAAUGCAAAUAUCAAACCUGAAGUUCACAGACUCAUUCAUGAUUUGGUAAUGCAUAUCCAUGAAAAUGAGCCCGACAUUGAAAAGAGCAUAUUAAUUUUUCUGCCGACGUACCGUUCACUAGAGGAGCAAUGGCGUCUUUUGAAGUCGUCAAGUUCAUUGUUCAAAGUUCAUAUUUUGCAUAGUAGUAUAGACACAGAACAAGCUUUGCUGGCUAUGAAGAUUUGGAAGUCCCACCGUAAGAUAAUAUUAGCUACAAACAUUGCGGAGUCAUCAGUGACAAUUCCAAAAGUAGCUUUCAUAAUUGAUUCAUGUCGGUCAUUACAAGUUUACUGGGAUGGUAAUAGGAAAAGUGAACACUCCGAGCUCAUGUGGGUAUCCAAAUCUCAGGCUGAACAACGGAGAGGAAGAACAGGUCGGACCUGUGAUGGAGAGAUUUAUAGAUUGGUAACAGGAUCGUUUUUCAGUAAUCUAGAGGAUCACGAGUGUCCAACUAUACUGAGAUUAUCACUGCGACAGCAAGUACUUCUAAUCUGUUGUGCUGAUUCAAGGGCCAUUAACGAUCCCAGAGUAUUGUUGCAGAAGGCUUUAGACCCUCCUGAUCCUGAUGUUGUUCAAGAUGCAUUAGAUUUGCUUGUUCGUAUGGGUGCACUAAAGACAUCUCCUAGAGGGAGGCUUGAGCCAACAUUCUAUGGACGUCUGCUUUCCUGUUUCUCUCUGUCUUUUGAUGCAUCUCUGCUCAUAAUCAAGUUUGGUGAAGUUGGAUUGCUGCAUGAGGGCAUUCUUCUUGGUGUAUUGAUGGAUACGCAACCUCUACCCAUUGUGCAUCCUUUUGGGAAGGAAUUUUUGUUCAGAAAGUACGUUGACUGCUACUUUAGCGGAGAUACUAACAACCCCCCAGUUGGUCAGAAGGAGGUGAUGUUAAUGGCAAACUUGUCUGCCUUUAAGUUUUGGCAGCGCAUUUUCAAGGACGAGUAUCGCGUUAAGCAUUUGAAUCAAGUUCUUCAAUUUGAUGACAUGAAAGCUACAGAGAAGAUGGUGCUGAAGACUGAAGAAGAAUGGUGCUUCUUUCAUAAUCUUGUGCAGUUGUCACUUAAUCACAUCGCUGAAAUAUAUGAAGAUGUCCUGAGUUCAUUGCAUCGAUUUCGGCCCAACUUCCUUGCUACAUCCGAUUCUUUUCCUUCUUAUUACUAUCCUCAUGAGUUCCAACACAAGUGCCUCCUUGAGUGUCCGUCAAAUGAAGAUGAAGAUGCAGCUGGCCUAGAUGACGAACAACUUAAUUCUUCUGCCGACAGCAGGAAAUGUGUUGCUGUGCCAUUUGUUGCCCCAAAUGACUUCCAGACAAAGGAUGUGACUGACAAAUUGACAGCUGUUGUCAAAGAGAUAAGAGCUCAUUACUCUGGUGUGGCACACAGUGAUCAGCCCAAUAGUUCUACUGAGAGUGGUUUCUCUGUUAACAACAACGGUGAAUUAUGUAUAUAUUUUCUUAGGGGAUCUUGCAACAGGGGCAGUAAUUGCCCAUUUUCUCAUUCCCUUCAAGCAAAACAACCUAUGUGCAAAUUCUUCUUCUCUUUACAGGGUUGUCGGAACGGUGAUUCAUGUUCCUUCUCUCAUGACAUGGGCACAUCAUUUUCGUCUGUUAGUGAGCCAAGUUCAUGCAUCCCAGAAAAUGGCGAUGCUGACCCAGCAUUACUUAUUCAGUUUUUUCCUUUUGCCGAAGUUGGGGAAAUUCUCAUCUUGGAUGACACCGACUUUCAUUUUACCUCCAACAUUGCCCGCAAUUAUGAUCCUUUAAGAAUGGUUGCCACCACAUCUCUUCUUGAAUCCUCCAUAUUUGACCCGUCAUUGACUGAUGUCAAGAUUAUGUGGGGACUCCAUCACCCAUACCAGACCAUCAUAGGGAAAUCUCCGGAGAGCCAAGUUCUGUGGAAGUCAGUAAAAUGCGUCUUGUGGUUUCCUGAUUUUGAAAUUUAUGGAUAUGGAAAAAAUUUGGAGGGACAGAGAAGUUUCGUGAAGAACUUCUUUGAGUAUUUGGUGAUUCGGCUACUUGCUGAUGCUUUAUAUGAAGUGCCGGUUAUUCUUACCAUGAAUAACCUUAGGUUUUCGCAACUGCAGGUGGAGAAGCUGGGAAGGAGCAGCUUCUUCUUUCUCAGCGAGUCAUUUCCUUUCGACGAGCAGUGCUUUGGGGAAUUGUCGGAUCGUAUACCCACCAAGAAACCGAUGGUGGUAUCCAAGUCCAUCUCGUAUGUUUUUUACAUGUACCCUCCCGCAGACGUUGGGUCCGAUGAUUUCCAAGCUGCGAUUCAAAAAUGUCUGCAUGAUGUUCAGUAAUUUUCAGUUUGGUGAUGGUUCAUAAGUAGUUUUUUGAGGAUUUCCCUUUUUGGAAGAUUCUUCAGUGAAUGCCCCUAGGUUUUGCCGUAUUAUGUUAGACAGAUGACGGGAUGUUUAUUCUAGGCAAUUGAACUAUCAAAAGUCCCUGCCGGUUGCGACAUUGUUUCUUCGCAUGGUGUGUCGGUGGAUUCAAAUUAUCCUGAGUAUCACAAACA